AUGGCUGCAGCGAAGGCUACCGAGAUCAAGACCCUCAUCGACGCCAAGGACAUGGACGGGCUUGCGAGGAGCGUCGCCGACUUCAAUGACAAGCAGCGCGCCGAGAUCCACGCCGCGUUCAGGGCGGCUACUGGAAAGACCACCUCCGAGUACCUCGACGCCUCGUUCAAGAACGGGGACUACAAGGACCUCAUGAUGAUCGUCCUCGACGACGAGAUCGACGUCCGCUGCAGGCUGAUCAAGAAGGCCUUCAAGGGCGGGAACGACGAGAGGUGUCUCACGGACACGCUCCUGACGACGACCCCUGAGAUCUACGCAAGGGUCAAGGACAGGUACCACCAGCUCUUCGGGGACGACUUCGAGUCCACGCUCAGGAAGGAGAUCGGCUCCAAGACCGUCUGGGCCCGCAUGGUGAACUCCUGGCUUGCCUUCUGCAGGUCCGCCCGCAACAACGUCCAGGGUGAUGCAGAGGCCCUGAAGACCGCGCUGAUCGGCGUCAAGCACCCGGACACGGACACGGUCAUCCGCCUCCUCGGCACGACCGUCCCCAGCGAGUGGAAGCAGAUUUCCGAGGCGUUCGAGAACAUCGCCAAGAAGACGAUCGAGCAGGCCCUCAUCGAGGCCUACAAGGGCGACGACGAGCUCGCGCUCUGCUGCUGCAACGCGACGCUCCACUGCCCCGCCCGAGGCGCCGCCUACCUCCUGAGCCUGGCCUGCCAGAAGAAGGGCGACACCGACCGCUGCUGCCGCAUCACCGGGAUGCUCUACGACCAGGCGGAGCAGUGCAAGGUCCUCUACGCCCACUACGGGAACUUAGCCAAGGACAUCAGGAAGACGAUGUCCAAGAACCUCGCCGAGGCCUGCUGCGUCCUCUGGCACGUCAUGUGA